AACAUCGCCAUGCAGGCCCCGAUCCCCGUCACCCUCCUCUCCGGCUUCCUCGGCGCCGGUAAGACCACGCUGCUCAAGCGCAUCGUGGAGAACGCCGGGAACUUCCGCGUCGCCGUGGUCGUGAACGACGUCGCGGCGCUCAACAUCGACAGCGCUCUCGUGCGGAACACGCGCGCGCUCGAUCCCAACGAACCGGGCUUGGUGGAGCUGCAGAACGGGUGCGUGUGCUGCACGCUGCGCGCCGACCUCGUCAAGGCCAUCGCGGACCUCGCCGCCCAGCGCAAGUUCGACGCCAUCGUCGUGGAAUCCUCCGGGGUCUCGGAGCCCGCGCAGGUUGCCGAGACGUUCGGCAUCGACCUCGCCGCCGCGGUCAAAUCUUUGCGUGGUGCGUCCACCUUGGAGCAGGUCGCGCGCCUGGACACGUGCGUCACCGUCGUCGACGCCGCCGCGUUCAACGGCGACCUCGCGUCGCCGGCCGAUCUCUUAGAGCGAUUCGGCGCCAGGGAAACGGGCGGCGAGGCGGCCGACUCGGACGGCGACAGGAGCGUCGCGCAGCUCCUCGUCUCGCAGAUCGAGUUCGCCGACCUCAUCGUCCUCAACAAGUGCGACCUCGUGUCCCGCAACGACGUCCUCGCCGUCAAGUCCGCGCUUGCGCAGCUCAACCCCGGAGCCGAGAUCGUCCUGGCGACUCGCGCGGACGUGCCCCUGAACAAACUGCUAGGGACCGGCAGGCACGACCCGGCGCGCGCCGCGAACGCCGCGGGGUGGCUCCGCACCUUACAGGACAAGAACAACCACCGCGUCGUCGAGACCAAGGAGUACGGCAUAUGCAACUUCGUGUACAAGGCGCGGACGCCGUUUCACCCGCAGAGGCUCCGCGCUUUUCUGCACGACUUCGCCGCCAUCCUCGACUUUGACGAGACCGAGGAGGAGGAGGUAGUGUUUCGCAGCAAGGGCUUCGUCUGGAUCGCGGGGCGCGAUGACACGUGCGGCGAGUGGGGCCACGCGGGCGCGGUGCUCCAACUGACCUGCGGAGGGCCCUGGAUGGGCUUGUUGCCCGAGGAGAUGUGGCCGGAGGAUGGAAGCGACGAGCGCGACUUGUUGGAACGAGAUUUCGUCAACCCCAUCCUGAUGGACCGCCGGCAGGAGCUGGUGUUCAUCGGCGUGCACAUGAACCGGAGCGCGAUCGUCGCCGCGCUGGAUCGGUGUCUGGUGACGCGCGACGAGUGGAAGCUCGGGCUCGACGGGUUCGUCUCGGAUGAAGAAGAUCCGUUUCCGAAGUGGCCGAGCCUGGAGGAUAUGAACCUCGGUGCCAACGACGGUCACGACCACCGCGGCCACCACCACGGUCACGGUCAUCAUCACUGA